GGCUGUGUGAGAAGCUGCAGCCGCCGGCAGAGGAGACCUCAGCAUCAUCUAGAGCCCAGCGCUGGCCCUGCCUCCGCCUGCCCCGCCGCCGCCGUCGCCGUUUCUGUUCCUGCUACUGUCCCACCUAAACAACUCCCGUUACACGGACCAGUGAACAUCUGUGGCUGUCCUCUCCUUUUCUUCCUCCUCUUCCAACUCCUUCUCCUCCUCCCACUUCCUAGCCGCAGCAGAAAGCCCCUAACCCAACUGACACUGGCACAACUACAAUCGGUGUCAUCCGCACAACUUUAUCUCGCUCCUCGGGCUCCCCUAAGGCAUUGGACCCAUCGCCGCGUCUUUUAUUUUUUGCAAAGUUGCAUCGCUGUACAUAUUUUUGUCCCCGCCACCUCCCUCUGUCUCUGGAGUGCCCUACAGCCCCGCAGCCUCCUCCUGGAGCUGCGCCCUAGUGGCCCUGCUGGGCAGUGGCAUUCCCCCGCCAUCCUCCCGCGCCCAGCCCCUGCUGCUCUGGGCAGACGAUGCUGAAGAUGCUCUCCUUUAAGCUGCUGCUGCUGGCCGUGGCUCUGGGCUUCUUUGAAGGAGAUGCUAAGUUUGGGGAAAGAAACGAAGGGAGCGGAGCAAGGAGGAGAAGGUGCCUGAAUGGGAACCCCCCGAAGCGCCUGAAAAGGAGAGACAGGAGGAUGAUGUCCCAGCUGGAGCUGCUGAGUGGGGGAGAGAUGCUGUGCGGUGGCUUCUACCCUCGGCUGUCCUGCUGCCUGCGGAGUGACAGCCCGGGGCUGGGGCGCCUGGAGAAUAAGAUAUUUUCUGUUACCAACAACACAGAAUGUGGGAAGUUACUGGAGGAAAUCAAAUGUGCACUUUGCUCUCCACAUUCUCAAAGCCUGUUCCACUCACCUGAGAGAGAAGUCUUGGAAAGAGACCUAGUACUUCCUCUGCUCUGCAAAGACUAUUGCAAAGAAUUCUUUUACACUUGCCGAGGCCAUAUUCCAGGUUUCCUUCAAACAACUGCGGAUGAGUUUUGCUUUUACUAUGCAAGAAAAGAUGGUGGGUUGUGCUUUCCAGAUUUUCCAAGAAAACAAGUCAGAGGACCAGCAUCUAACUAUUUGGACCAGAUGGAAGAAUAUGACAAAGUGGAAGAGAUCAGCAGAAAGCACAAACACAACUGCUUCUGUAUUCAGGAGGUUGUGAGUGGGCUGCGGCAGCCCGUUGGUGCCCUGCAUAGUGGGGAUGGCUCGCACCGUCUCUUCAUUCUGGAAAAAGAAGGUUAUGUGAAGAUACUUACCCCUGAAGGAGAAAUUUUCAAGGAGCCUUAUUUGGACAUUCACAAACUUGUUCAAAGUGGAAUAAAGGGAGGAGAUGAAAGAGGACUGCUAAGCCUCGCAUUCCAUCCCAAUUACAAGAAAAAUGGAAAGUUGUAUGUGUCUUAUACCACCAACCAAGAACGGUGGGCUAUUGGGCCUCAUGACCACAUUCUUAGGGUUGUGGAAUACACAGUAUCCAGAAAAAAUCCACACCAAGUUGAUUUGAGAACAGCCAGAGUCUUUCUUGAAGUUGCAGAACUCCACAGAAAGCAUCUGGGAGGACAACUGCUCUUUGGCCCUGACGGCUUUUUGUACAUCAUUCUCGGUGAUGGGAUGAUUACCCUGGAUGAUAUGGAAGAAAUGGAUGGGUUAAGUGAUUUCACAGGCUCAGUGCUACGGCUGGAUGUGGACACAGACAUGUGCAACGUGCCUUAUUCCAUACCAAGGAGCAACCCACACUUCAACAGCACCAACCAGCCCCCCGAAGUGUUUGCUCAUGGGCUCCACGAUCCAGGCAGAUGUGCUGUGGAUCGACAUCCCACCGACAUAAACAUCAAUUUAACGAUACUUUGUUCAGACUCCAAUGGAAAAAACAGAUCAUCAGCCAGAAUCCUACAGAUAAUAAAGGGGAAAGAUUACGAAAGUGAGCCAUCACUUUUAGAAUUCAAGCCAUUCAGUAAUGGUCCUUUGGUUGGUGGAUUUGUAUACCGGGGCUGCCAGUCAGAAAGAUUGUAUGGAAGCUAUGUGUUUGGAGAUCGUAAUGGGAAUUUCUUAACUCUCCAGCAAAGUCCUGUGACAAAGCAAUGGCAAGAAAAACCACUCUGUCUCGGCACUAGUGGGUCCUGUAGAGGCUACUUUUCCGGUCACAUCUUGGGAUUUGGAGAAGAUGAACUAGGUGAAGUUUACAUUUUAUCAAGCAGUAAAAGUAUGACCCAGACUCACAAUGGAAAACUCUACAAAAUUGUAGAUCCCAAAAGACCUUUAAUGCCUGAGGAAUGCAGAGCCACGGUUCAACCUGCACAGACACUGACUUCAGAGUGCUCCAGGCUCUGUCGAAACGGCUACUGCACCCCCACGGGAAAGUGCUGCUGCAGUCCAGGCUGGGAGGGGGACUUCUGCAGAAUUGCAAAAUGUGAGCCAGCAUGUCGUCAUGGAGGUGUCUGUGUUAGACCGAACAAGUGCCUCUGUAAAAAAGGAUAUCUUGGUCUUCAAUGUGAACAAGUGGACAGAAACAUCCGCAGAGUGACCAGGGCAGGUAUUCUUGAUCAGAUCAUUGACAUGACAUCUUACUUGCUGGAUCUAACAAGUUACAUUGUAUAGUUUCUGGGACUGUUUGAAUAUUCCAUUCCAAUGGGCAUUUAUUUUUUAUCUUGUCAUUAAAAAAAAAAAAGACUGUUAUCCUGCUA